AUGUCCACCCAAAUCCCUUUUCUCUUCGACGACGACGACUCCGACCUCACCCCCCUCACCGACUCCGAUUUCGACCUCUCCGACAAUGACAGCGAUUUCGAGCUCGAAAAGCCAUCUCCUAAACGGCGGCGCAUCACGAAGGCAGUCGAAAAGAAACCCAAGGAGAUAGUGCCCAAGAAGCGCAGAGGUUACAAGGGUGCCUUGCAACAACUUUGGUCGUUGCCCCUAGAUUUGACUUAUGAGAUUAUGGGUCAUCUACACCCGUUGGACCUUCUGCACCUCGCACGAACCAACAAAGAGCUUAGGCGGAUCGUCAUGUCCCGCUCGUCGACAUCGGUAUGGAUGCAGGCACGAUCCAACGUCGAUGCAGUCCCAGACUGCCCAUUCGAUAUGAGCGAGCCCCAGUAUGCGAGUCUGCUCUUUGAACCAUACUGCCAUUACUGUUCGGCCAGUAAUGUCCAAACCGUGAUUUGGGAGGCUCGUAUUCGGUGUUGCAAGCGAUGUGGACCAUUAAUGUUUCUUUAUUGGGUCAAUAUGAAAGAUAUACCAAGCGUUUUGCAGACGAUUGUCCCUGCGACGCACGAGUUCUCUUCAGGCACGAUAUACCCUCAUACAGAGAAGAAGUACUGUCUCGAAAUAGCGGUCAAGCUUGCAGAGGAAAUGGCGAAGUUGAGCGAAGAGGAGAAACCAACAUGGUUCUGGCAACAGAAGCAAGAUUAUGACAAGCGGCUGGAGCAUGCUGCACUUUGCCAGCAAUGGGCCAAGGGCCAAGUUCUCCGACGCGCCCAGAAACUAGACGAAGCUCGAGUCAAACGAACGCUGCAAAUCAUUGAGAAACUUGCAAUACUUGGCUGGACAGAAGAGAUGUCAAAGAUGUCGAGCCACAUGCUUACAGACCACAAACAUGUCAAGAUCCCAAAGGAACUGACUGAGCGAGCCUGGAAGAAAAUCGAAGCAGAUAUGGUGGCAUUUAUGCAAGACGUCCGCCGGAAACGCCUGGCCAGAGAGCGAAGUCGAGUCUUGGACAGUCGGUGUAGCCUCAUGAAGCAGAUGUAUGCGUCGUUUGUGGAGUCUCAGCCACUUCAUGCUAUCCUCCCUGGUGUGGCGGACUUUGCCACCAUCCCUCAGCUCAAGGCGGUCCUCGAAAACCCCGACUUAGAGGCCCCAGUAACUUUGGCCGAUUUCGACAUCGGAGAAGAAGCUAUGCUCCAGUUCGUUCGACAAUGGAGAGAGGAGAAGGACAACGAACUCUUGGGAAUCCUUCGUCAAAGUUCGAUCGGUGCUCAGGCAACCAAGGAAACCCUUCACCUCGCGACUACACUCUUCAACUGCAAAACAUGCAAUGUCCCCAUCUCCUACCCCCGAAUCCUGGUCCACACCUGCAACUUUGCGCGCAACUCGGGCACGCCAGACCCUAGCACCAUCUUCGAAAGGCUAAAAGCAGAACCAUGGAACCUUGGAGGCGACCGUAUCUCAUUCCACGAAGCGGCACAUAAGCGUGCCAAAUUAAUUCUUAAGGCGCUGAAUAAGGAGCCGGAUACGACUUAUGAACAGUUGAUGGAGCUCAACCCAUUUGUGGAGUGCUUCUGUGCGUUAUGUUAUCGCCCUAACGGCGCUGGCGGUGUUAUCAGGACUCUGGCUCGCUGGGAACAUAUGAUUGAGCAUACACCUCGUUAUACCAGUGCUAGAAACCAACGUCCGUAUGGCACAGCUGACCAACGUCGCACGGCGAUUGCACAGGGUGCAGAGAACCAGGAACUCCAGAAAGUCAGGUCAUCGCAUGACUGGAACGACUAUUCCCAUCGAAGCUAUGUUUGCAUGCAUUGCAAGUUGAGGGACACGCGGACUCAUCUCGAGCAGCAUGUCAAGGGCAUCCAUUCUACACCGAACCCUGUAUUUGGGACUGAUUACACUUACCAUCGCGAUGCAAGGAUCUGCUUGCGGGCACCGUUCGUGUCAUUGAGAGCCAACUUGAAGCCUAGAGUCGUAACACCGUCCACAAGUGCGUCUGGCACGGCAGCAGCUAGCUCAUCCUCUGCACCCCCGACGACAGCCUCUGCGCCAGCGUCAGCCGACGCAACGACAACGUCGUCAACCACUGCUGCCUCUGGUGCUAACCCCCCAUCCGCAGACACUGCCCCCACCUCUCCUACCACGACAAAUAGUCCAGAAGUCGCCUCGAGCACUCCCGCUCCCUCGGCGACGGGAGAGGUAUCGGGUACUGUGGACGACGCUUCGACCCCAGCCCGAUCUCCGGAACAACCUCCUCCCGAGGCCCCAACGACCCCGCCGCAGAUGUCGGCCACCACUGCACAAACUGAUAAUCCUUCAACUCCCUCUUAA